CCGGCGAGAGCCUAUAAAACGGGGAAAGACAACAGCAGGAACCAGCAAAGGCAGAGAACGUGAGAAAUUCCAGGAACUGCGCCGUGUCCAUCCGUCCCGUGUGACUGAAACCAAAUCAGAUUAAGGAUGUUGGGUUGUGGAUGCGUGCUGCUGUCGGGUCUGUUAACAUUGACCUUGUUCCACUGCAGUACUGAAAGUCUUCACAUACCCCAGGAAAGACCAGAGCAUGUGGAACCAUCUGCUGCGGAGGACCGGCGUGUCCAGCGAGGUCAAACCGAGCAGAAGACCUCAGGAGCCGUGAACGCAAAACUGCUCCUGCUUGACCAGCUUGUCAGACUGGAGAACGAUGUCAUUGAGACCAAAAGAAAACGCAGCUUCCCCGGAUCCAACACGCCACUUGACCGGCUGUCAAUCAGCACCAUGGAUCCCAAGAGCAACAAGCAAAGGAAAGCUGAGUUGCCGCGACGGCGAGUUAGCGUUCCAAUCGACCGGAUCGGAGUGGGCCGUCUUCCCAACAGCCGAGGAUAGACUCCGCCCUCUGACCACACCCUGACAAACAGAAGGGGGAUGUCACAGGUAGAAGAUAUGCAUAAAGCACACCAGCCAUCCCACAUCACUAACCAUUGAACGAUCUUCACUUUUACAGCCCUCGCCGCCUCUGAAGUUAUCUUCCUUAAAGAUUAACCUUCAAUCUCUGACCACACGCUGUCUAUUUCUUGUCCUAAUUCUCCAUUUAAGCCGCAUAUCGUCGCUGUCGGGCGGAAACCUCCUAUGUCCAAAUUUGGUCAAUUUCAUAUUUUUUCACAAAUCGAUGCUAUUUGUCAGUCCCCAUGUGGGUCUGUCAUUUUUACACAUUAUUAACCAAUCUAAAUCUAAAGUGUUGAAAAUAGCUUGAGAGCAAAUCUCUUAACUCCAUUGGACACUUCAACUGUCUGAGAAGUCUCGUAACUCCACCUCUUCUUCACUCCGCGGGAGCUUCUCGGCAUUACCGAUUGAAUGUUUUUUUAGACAAUAACGAGUGAAAAUAGUUAGGUUAGAUACAUUUGAGUAGGUCUGUUUUGUUAAAAAUCGAUAGCUGUAAUGCUUCGGUGCAGAAGGAAGCCCGUGAGCCACGAAGGUAAAUUUGCGAGCAGAUUCGGCUAAUUUCCGCCUAUUAGACAGCCUAGUCAGCUCAUCGUUUUUUGUAUUACAUCACUUAUAGUUCUUAAACCUUUAAAAUAGAGUUUAGAAAGAUGUAUGUAACCACAGUCGUUAGCUUUGGUUAACGAUUGAAGCCUUUUCUCUUGUCAAGAGGCUCAACGCGACCGCCGACUUUAUUUGCGUGCAGAUUAAUUUCCGCCUAUAUUAGACAGCCUGUUUAACGUUUUAUUUUGGUAUUGCAUCACUCAUAGCUCUAACGUUUAAAAUAGAGUUUAGGAUGAUGUAUGUAACCACAAUCAUUAGCUUUCAUUAGCUCUUAAAGCCUCGUCUCUUGUCAAAAGGCUCAACGCGACCUCAGACUUUGAUUAGUGAUGUUUCGUUCGUGAACGAAUCGUUCGUUUUGAACGAAUCUUUUAAGUGAACGAAUCGUUCUCGUUCACGAAAUGCGAUGACUCAUAUUUCUCGUUCACUGAAAUCUCUCCCUCGAGCACAGAGCGUCUUGUCUUAAAAGAGUGUCUAAAGCACGAGCCAAUGGCGUUCGAGAGUGAGCUUUGACAAAGCAUAUGAUUGGUUGAAUGUACUGAACGAAUACGCCCUUCACUGAACGAGCCUCUGUUUGAGUCUGAACGAGACCCGCUGAUUCUCGUUCGUGAACGAGCUGUUACUUCUGCCUCGUAAACGAAAUGAAAGAUGAGGUCUCUUGUUCAACAAGUACAGCAACGGACACAAUGUAAAGAUCCUUACGAAAAUAAUUCAAUAAUGCAAGCUGAUGGUUAAAUGUAACAAAGACAAAUUAACAUUGUCAUUUUUAUUGCAUGGAAAAUGUCAAGCCCUGUUUACUCGGUUAUUGUACUGCAAGCACAGGUGUUUUGUGUGCAUUUUGUAUCAUUUAUUGUUCUUUCAAAUAAAAACGACUUCAUUGCGUUUAAUUCAUGUCACACUUCUCUAAAAACUGUAAAACAAAAAUGUAUUGGUUAGCUCUCAUUCGCGUCACGUCAGCCAAUAGCAUUCCAGUUCCGGCUUUGAAGGGACGUGUAAUUGGUUAGAUCUUCCAUUGAACGAAUACGCCCACACUGACCAAGUCUCUGUUGAGUCUGAACGAGAGAGAGAGAUCUCGUUCUUGAACGAAUUGAACGAACUGGUACAUGUCGUUCAUGAACGAAUUGAACGAGAGUGUACAGUACACUGUACGUCGGUCAUUUAGCAUGUGAGUCUCGUUCAGCAGCCAGCAGAAAGCGGACGCAAAGCGCAGUUACAGGUAGGCUACUUUGCACGCUUGUUUAUUUAAAAUACAUAAACUUUACGUUUAACAUAAUCCCAGAUUUAUGAAUGUGUAAAUGACCAAACAAUUAACUUUUUAAUUAUGCAGAAAAACCUUAGAGACACACAUUUUAAUAAAGCCUGUAAUCAGUUUAUACGUCGUUAAUACAUACGUUGAUGUAUGUAUUACAUCAACUCUUUUUCGCCACCUGCUGGCGUAUUAUAGAAAUGGUCAUUGAACGAAUCAGUGAACGAAUCGUUUUGGUGAACGAACUGAAAAAGAACGAAUCACUCAAAUGAAUCAUAAUUCCCAUCACUAACUUUGAUGAACACUGCUGGCAGCAGCGGCGUCUGUGUCCGUACCAUACUUAUCAAUGACAGCGUAAUCUCGUAUCUCCCUGCUCCCAAGUCAUAAACCUUGUAUCUCCGAUUAAACAUGGUUUUGGGUAAAUGUUGUGUUAACAACAUUGUUGGUACACAACAGUAUAUGAUAGCAAUAUAAGGUAUGAUACCAACUUUAACGAUACAAUGUUUAAUAACUCAAAAAAUAUGUAGUUUUUUUAAUUUCCUGAAAAAUAAUGGUUUUGGAGAUGCGAGGAUUCGGCCCGACAGCGACGAUAUGUUCUUUGAAAUGAAGUGGCCGUUCUACAUCCUUUAUGAUGUAAUCAGAGCCGUUAGCCAAUCAUCGCAGAAUCUGCUCGUAGCUUUUAUUGCACGUGUUAUUAUUAUUUACUCUAGUGUCCCGGCUCUCGCUUGCUGUAAUGUUGUAGUGUUUUCUUACUUUGACUGGAGGUCGAACGGGUUAAGUUCAGCCUUGACAAUAAAAACGAUGAAACUUUCUUUAAUGUUUCAACUGUUUUCUUUGGUUGGAAAAGAACUGUAAGAUUGUAAAAAAGUACUUAAACAUUUGUCAUUUUCGUUGUGCAUGUAUUUUCCAAUGUGUGUGUCAUUUAAAACACAAUAGAGUGCCUCAGAGAUGACGCAUUUUUGUAGGCUAACCUGGAAGUUAGCACCGUGCUGGUUCCCUCCACCGAAAGCCUAUGCAUUUUUCCCAUAGACAAAGGAUAAGGAAUAGUCGGUUUUAGCAACUUGUUAGCAACCGCCACUUUUAAGACACAAUAAAAGUUUAAACAAUCAUAAACAGGUUAUAACUGGUGUGUUUUAUGUCAGAUUAAAACCUGAAAAUAUUUUGAGGUUUUGUUAGCCACAGACCUCAUUUCAGGCGAUUUACCAAAAACCCAUUCAAAAAACCCAUUGACUUUGGGGCAAUGGAACCGGAAGUCCUAAAAUGCUAACUCUCUUUGCGGGGUUUGCUUACAAAAACUUCUCUGCUGCACUCUAUA